AUGGAGAGGAUAGAUAGCUUCGAGGGAAAACUAUUUUACAAGAUCUACAUGCUUUGUAAGAAAAAUCAGAUAAAUGAAGAAUAGAAAGGCAAAUUAAAAGACCUGGUAAUCUAAAAAGAUGAAAGAAUAGAAAUUGCAAUGAAUUAAUUCCUUGAAGACAGAGAUGAAUUUCGACUCCUAGAAAAUUUUCAUAAUUAUUCUGGCGAGGACUAUUCUCCAAAAAGCUUCAAGAAUUUUUCAGAUGAUGUCUCAAUUGGGAGUCAUAGCAAAUUUAAAGGUAAAAGACCUGCUAAAAUGCUAUUGCCGAAAAAGAAAUUUAUGAUCAAUUUAAGAAAAGAUACAGAUAUCACUACUAGUUCCAAAGGUUUUCUUUUAAGCAGUGCUAGAUCAAGUGAUAAUCGCAUUGCUCUCAUCUUCAAUGAACGAUUUUCAUAAUAGAACUGGAGCGAAUGUGAAUGA